AUGCGACUCGACCCCCAUCUGCAGGCCAACACAGGCAAAGCCCCCUCUUGCUGUAUAUACGCCGAAGCUCGUAGAGAUUUUUUUGGUGGUCACGGCCCAACCUCGUGUAUCGAUUUUGAAGUAGCGUCGGUCGCAUUUUCUAACAUUACUGGUCGUCGUUGGCCAGUGAGCGUCUUCUUGUUUACAUGCGGUGGCGCGUAUUUGUACCGUUUAAUGCGCCGCCACGUACCUGGAGCCGCUCUGUCGGGCCAACUAUGCGGCCUUGUGGAUGGUACAGGUAAGUAG